UUGGAAUUUGGCGCGAAACAACAACAACAAGCUUCAUUAUCCAACUCAGCUGUCAUCAUUUCGAUGUUUGCCAGUGCUUGUCAACCGUUCAGCAUGGUCAAAAGGUCUUGUCCGUUCAACGACGACAUGAAUCCUCAAAUGAAGAUCCACGUUCGGGACAAGGAAGUCGCUAAAGGUGUCAUGAGUGACCAGCACAUGAAACUGGUUUAUGACAAAACCAAACAUCUUCUUUUCCUUGGAGCCAAGAAGACUCAAGCAGCACCUGCAUCAAAUACGUUUCUCAAUGGUGGUGAAGCUAAGGAGGAUGUCGUGUCUAGCAAUUCAACUACCUUUAAACAGAUGCAGCUGACCUCUCAAGGACAGCUCAGUUCUCCUGAGGGUGCACAGACACCUUUCAAAGUGAAGGAAGCCCCUUGUUCCAAAUGCACUGCAUGGAAUCCUCUAGAUAUGUGCUGCUGUUCCUUUUGUGACACUCCUUUAUGCAGCUCCUGCACCCAAAUCUGUACCAAAUGUCAGGACCUAUUUUGCAGUGGAUGUUCUUUCGAUGUGUAUGAUGCAUCAGAAGGAUUUAUCUGCAGAAAUUGCUGCUGAUUGAAGAAUAAUUUCACAAUUUAGCUGUACUGGUCUAGUUUUACUCGUUGUCUUUUAUUAUUAUUAUUAUUUCUUUCUUUCUUUGUUUCAAGAACUUUAUAUUUUUAUUACUAUCACUUAAUCUGUACUAUAUUUUUGAAUUAUGUUUAUGUUUUAUAAGAACUCUUUAAUUUAAAAGACUGAUCUUCCACUUCUAUGAACAAUUGUCUUUGAAAGUAAAUAUUUUCCGAUGUUUGCAUUA